AUGAACAGGAGAUGGCUUCUCUCCAUCGAACCUUGGCAGCAGUAUGCGCAUUCCCAACAUGAACCCUGCUUUUUUUCCAUUCAUCUAAUACAGAUGAUAGGUCAUCCUCGCCUCAUAAGUUCUGAUACUCGUCCAGGCACUCUAUACUCAAAGUGUAAAGCACACGUCAAAUGGUAG